UCUCUGGGCUUUCCCCCACCUACUUUCUAUGCUAUUAAGCAGCCAUUCAUGCUCCCCUCUAUUCCAUUUCUACAUGUCUCUAGUUACUCAUCUAAAAUAUAUGGACAUGGAAAUGGAAGGGCUACCAGCCCCCAGCUUCCUCUUUCUCGUCUUCACAGUAUUCAUAUUGUGCCUCGCUUCUUCAUCACGAGCUUGUCCAGAAGAACCCUUCCAAUGUGGGGAUUAUUCCUUCGCACAUCCUUUCGGAAGAAAGGACAGUGGCUGCGGUGACCCUGCUCUUCAGGUGGAGUGUGAUGAUGGACCGAUGCCAUUACUGAAUAUUAAUGGGUACGACUACUACAUAAUGAAACCCCCCGAAGUCUAUAAGAAUGGGGAUUCCGACCAUCAUAUGACAAUAAUUGAAAAAAAUGUGUGGGAGGGUAAAUGCAGCCCAUGGACCAGUAACCUUGCGCGGCAAUCCUUGCCUACCGAUCAAUUUCACAUUGAGGAGCAAAACAUAAAGUUGGCUCUGUCGGAGCAGUGUAAUGCAACGGCUAAUUUCCCCCUUCUACAAUGUAACGGUAGUUGGCAUUACAGUUCAGAUCAAGAGUCCGAUUUCAGUCACGUAUGUAAGCCAGAAAUUAUGCUGCUGGUUGAGAGCCUGCCAACAAUUGUAUCAGAUCGAAUUCCAGGGUUCCAAGUAGAAUGGAAUAUCAGCCAAAACUGCAGUAAGUGCAGCUCGAGUGGUGGAUAUUGUACCCAUGAUCCCUUUACGACGCAGUUUUCGUGCCUCUGCAAAGGCGGCUUGUAUCCAGAGAAAUGUCCCGCUCGCAAGUCCCAUUCCAAGCAUAUUAUUCUAGGUUGGUCCAUCGGAGGCGCUGCGCUCGCAGCAGCAGCAGUGAUGUUGUUCAUUUAUUAUGUGAGAAGACGAAAAGCAUCUCCCACCCGGGGAAUUGGUAGCGAUUUCAGCCAUUAUGAAGGAACCGACAUAGAGAAAGACCAGAAAGGGUAUAUGGUAGGUCCUUUGCGCAUAUUCUCUUAUCAGGAACUUCAACAGGCCACAAAUUUCUUCGACGAGAAGAACGAGCUUGGAGAUGGAGGAUUUGGCGCAGUCUAUCUGGGUAAACUUGAAGACGGACGGACUGUAGCAGUGAAGAGGCUUUAUCAGGAUAACUCUAGAAGAUUUGAACAAUUUAUCAACGAGGUACAAAUCCUAUCGUCUCUUUACCAUCCGAACCUUGUUCGUCUUUAUGGUUGUACAAGUGCGGAGAGUCCGAUUCUGCUGCUUGUUUACGAAUAUGUGUCGAAUGGGACCCUAGCCGAUCAUCUGCAUGGGAGCCGAAGAAACCCAAGAGGCUUGCCUUGGGAAACACGUAUUAAAAUUGCCCUACAAACUGCCCAGGCCUUGGCGUACCUCCACAGUAUAGAUCCCCCCAUAUUUCAUAGAGAUGUGAAAUCCAAUAACAUUCUUGUGGACGAAUAUUUCGAGACAAAAGUUGCAGACUUUGGGCUUUCCAGAUUAAUGCCUGUGAAUGUCACCCACGUCACAACUGCUCCGCAAGGCACUCCAGGAUACGUUGACCCAGAGUACCAUGAAUGCUUCCAGCUUACCGAAAAGUCUGAUGUCUACAGUUUUGGGGUUGUUUUGGUGGAGAUCAUCUCUGCCAAAGUAGCCGUGGAUAUAAUGCGAAAUAGAAACGAAAUCAGUCUUGCUAUUAUGUUCAUAGACAAGAUUAGAAGAGGUGUUUUAGAUGAAUUGGUGGAUCCUGAUUUGAAGAUUGAAAAAAACCAUGAGGUUAAGGCCAUGGUUGCUGCAGUUGCCGAAUUGGCGUUUGAAUGCCUUGCAGGAGAACGGGAUUUGAGACCAUACAUGAAAGAAGUCGUUGCUCGUCUCGAACAAAUCAAGGAAAUGCAGCAGCAAAGCAGUGAGUCUUCCAAGCUCACGAGCAUCUCACCCAUGGCCUCUCCACUUUCAGCCCCAAUCAUGGGUUCGGAAAGGAGUGGACCAUAUUGGGCUCCUUUGUCUUUGUAGUUUGUAUGCAUGUAAGCCAUACAUUUUUUAUGUAUUCAGUUGUUUGUAAAGGUGUGAAUGUGGAAUAUAUGGGCCAAUAACUGUUUCCGUAUGUAUGUAUAGUAGAGUUCUUAUUAAGUAAACUACGCAUUUCAGAUGUUUUGAAGAUCUACCUCUUUUGAAUGAAUAUGCCAUGGAGCAACAGUGAACUUA